AUGCUGUCGGAUUGAGCGCUACGUCAGCAGUGAGGCAGCAACAUGGCGGUGUGCAUUGCUCGACUGUUAACAGUAAGUUUUCUUACAGCUGUUAUAUUUCACCGCAGCCUCGCCGACGUCUCCGCGGGAGGCUCGGCUUCGGAGGAGCCUCCUCACCGCCGCUUCGAGUACAAAUACAGCUUCAAAGGACCGCACUUGUCUCAGUCCGACGGCAGUAUUCCGUUCUGGAUCCACAGUGGAAAUGCUAUUCCAAGUGCAGACCAGGUCCGCAUUACCCCAUCGCUCAGGAGUCAGAGGGGGUCUGUGUGGACGAAAAACAAAGUUAACUUUGAGAACUGGGAGGCUGAGGUGACCUUCAGGGUGUCUGGAAGAGGCAGGAUGGGAGCAGACGGUUUGGCAGUGUGGUUCACCACCGAGCAAGGCCUUGACGGCCCCGUCUACGGUGCUGCUGACAGGUGGAACGGAGUUGGCAUCUUCUUUGACUCCUUUGACAACGAUGGAAAGAAAAAUAACCCGGCCAUACUGGUCGUCGGGAACAAUGGCAACCUUGUUUAUGACCAUCAAAACGAUGGCACAACGCAGGCCCUUGGAACGUGUUUAAGAGAUUUCCGCAACAAACCGUAUCCAAUCAGAGCCAAAUUAACAUACUACAGAAAGACACUGACGGUUCUGAUCAACAAUGGAUUCACUCCAGACAAAGAGGACUAUGAAUUCUGCACGAAAGUGGAAAACAUGAUCAUUCCGACAGAAGGCUUCUUUGGCAUCUCAGCUGCCACUGGAGGUUUAGCAGAUGACCAUGAUGUUUUGUCGUUCUUGUUGUUCAGACUCACAGAGCCAGGCCAAGAACCGCCCUCGGUUGAUUCUGAGAUCCCCAAAGAAGAAAAAGACAAAUACCAGGAGGAAUUUCAGAAUUUCCAGCAAGAGCUCGAUAAAAAGAAAGAGGAGUUUCAAAAGGAGCACCCUAAUGUCCAAGGAGAACCAGUUGACGAUUUUUAUGAAAGCGUGAAUGACCGCGAGAUCCGCCAGGUGUUUGAGGGCCAGAACCGGAUCCAUCUGGAAAUCAAGCAGAUAAACCGACAGCUGGCUAUGAUUCUGGAUGAGCAGCGACGCUACCUUUCAGUUGUUACAGAGGAGAUUUCCAAAAAGGGGACAAGUACCGGAUCAGGACUGCCCGAUUCUGCGAGUCAGCAGCUGACUUCAGUCAUAUCUACGCAGCAGGAGCUUCUUAGAAACCUCAAUGAACUGAAAACCUCGUUCCAUGAGUCUCUGAAGCAGAUCAGCUCAGUCCAGCACCAGGGUAAUGCAGGCGGCGCGGGGGCGUAUGAAACCAUUCAGCACUUCAACGACAUUAAGGAGAAUCUUCACACGGUGAAGAGGGACGUGGAGCACUUGGUGCAACGGAACGUUCAGAAUCCAGCUGAUAAGGUUGUAAAAUGCCCUGAGAUGCCGCCCAUGCCUUCCUGCUUAUCGACUGUUCAUUUUGCAAUAUUUGUUGUCAUCCAGACGGUCUUAUUCUUCUGCUACAUCAUGUACAAAAGUCAACAGGAAGCAGCAGCUAAGAAGUUCUUUUGAUGACGUUGCUUUAUAGAACAACCGUGUGCAUGAGGGAAUGUCUGUUUUGUUUUUUGUUCAAUCAUUUUCAGAUUGUAAAUUAUUGUACCUGGAAAAAAUGCUUUUGUGGAAAUAGGCUUUUUUUUUAUAAUUGUUAGAAAAUGUUUAAUUUGGUCAGACAAUUAUGUGUGAAAGGCGGUGAGACUUUCCAGCAUGUUGUGCCAUGUUCCUUACAGUAUUUCUGUUCAGUCAGACUCUUGAAUUUUGUUUUCUCAAAUGUGAGAUCUGCCUUGGACGGUUCCAUAAAACCAAACCAACGGUAAAACAAGGGAAGAGAAAACCCCUGUUGAAAAAUGUACAAUGUGUUUAUUUUCUUAUAAAAUGCUACAGACUCAGUGACCCAUACAUGAUCCGAUUCGGUUUUUCUCCUCUGGUCGAGUUAAAAUAAUUUAACUUCCAGAAUCUGAUGUCAUCUGCCUGAACACUUUACAUAAACAGUUAACACCAAU